AUGGAAAAUUACCGAAAAAUUGAGAAAAUAGGCGAAGGAACUUAUGGCAAAGUAUAUAAAGCUAAAGAUCGUAGAAAUGGACAAUUAGUAGCCAUCAAGAAAAUUUUAAUCGAAAAAGAUGACGGCAUUCCGUGCACAGCUGUAAGGGAGGUAGCUUUGUUGAAGGAACUCAAGCAUGCUUCCAUUGUAGAACUUUUAGAUGUUAUCAUAACGGACACAAAUAUCUACUUGGCAUUUGAAUAUUUAGACUUUGAUUUGAACAAAUACAUGAAAAAAUAUGAGAAUGGCUUACCUCCAAGAUUAAUACAAAGCUUCAUGAAGCAAUUAUUAAAAGGAUUGGUUCACUGUCAUGUCAGAAAAAUUGUUCAUAGAGAUUUGAAGCCCCAGAACAUUCUAGUGGAUAAAGAAGGAAAUGUGAAAAUUGCAGAUUUUGGCUUAUCUAGAAGUUUUGAGGCACAGCUGGAGACAUAUACACAUGAAGUUGUCACUUUGUGGUACAGAUGUCCUGAGAUACUAUUGGGUUGUAAAGUUUAUGGUUUUGGGGUAGAUAUUUGGAGUCUUGCUUGCAUAUUUGUAGAAAUGUUCCAGAAGAAAACAUUAUUUCGAGGAGAUUCAGAAAUAGGCCAACUGUUUCAAAUAUUUCAUGCACUUGGCACACCAAAUACAGAGAGCAACCCAAACCUCUUAAAGUUGCCUUAUUUUAAUGUUACGUUUCCAAAAUGGCCCAAGAAACCUUUGUCAGACAUCAUACCAGGACUUCCAACAGAAGCCUAUGUUAUGCUUGAAAAGAUGUUACAAUAUGAACCAAGUCAAAGAAUAACAUGCGAAGACGCCCUCAGAGAACAAUAUUUCCAAACGACAUAA